CUGCUGCGUGUCUGCGCCUCAGACCCGGAGAACAUCCGUCUCUCAUGUUCCUGCUCCGAGGCUCUCUAAGCGGACCAUGCGGCUGUUCACCGUCUCAACUUUGCUCCUGUUCUUCUGCAGCUCAGGGCUGGCUCUGCAGAUCCAGUGCUACCAGUGUGAGGAGAUGACACACGACUGCUCCACACCAGAGUUCAUCGUCAACUGCACGGUGAACGUGCAGGACAUGUGCCAGAAGGAGGUUCUGGUGAAGGAUGAUGGCAUACACUACCGCAAGUCCUGCGCCUCGUCGGGAGCCUGUCUCAUCGCUUCUUCUGGCUACCAGCAGUUCUGUACCGGCAAGCUCAACUCUGUGUGCAUCACCUGCUGUAACACACCGCUGUGUAACGGACCACGGCAGAAGAAACGUCCCCAACCGUCGUCCGCCAUCACCCUGACCACGCAACAGCUCUCUGCGUUUUCUCUCUGCAUCCUCCUCCUGCUGUCCUCCACCCUGUGCUGACAGACCUUCACACACUAAAUUAACAUGUGUGUGAGAUAACUGGAACUGUAUGAACUGAAGAAUAUAUACUUUUACAUGCAUAUUCUUUGAGGCGUGUGGAAGCUUUGUACAGUAUUUGUUGACUUCCUUUCAGUUGCAGCUUGCCUCCACAGGUCAAAUUGAGAAAAUGUAUCAUUGCAUGUCAUUCCACAAAUAUGAUCAUGAUGCAGUUACAAGGACAGCUGGGUAAGGAGAGGUGGAGGACAGUGCUGUGCAUGAAACAGCUUCUGGCUAUUUUGUUGGGCAGCAGGUGGCUCAGUCACAUCUGCCUUUAUUUACUUAAAGAACGAAGGUCGAAUAAGACAUAUCACAGGAAAGAAAGUAUGUUGCAAUUCAUUAUUCAUUUUCUAAGUCUUUGGGAAAGCCCUCCAGGAUAAAUAACUUUUCAGUUAUCUACUGAUUUAAUGCUCCUCCUGACUGUUGAAAUAGCAAUCAAUUCUAAAUCAAUACCAUUACUUAGGAACAAUCAGCAAUCUUGUUGUAUUGGUGUUCUGGAAAAAGACAAUAUAUGAUAUGUAUGAAGGAUAUCAUUCUGUAAUGCAAAUUUGCAGUCAAAAUAAGGCAUAGGAUGAAGAAAAACAAGCCUGCUCUCACUUCCUACUUUGUAAAUACCGCCAUUUUGUCAGUGAUGUUUGGUCAGCUUCUGACAGUGACACAAAGAGGCACCUUUUACCGCGGGAUGAUACACACGGGUGUGUCGCAUUUAAAGGCAGUAGGCAACAACCAAACUCGUCAAAUACUGGUGCUUUGUCAAUGGACAUUUGCAUCAGACACGGACGCAGCAAGGCACCUUUCGCUUUGGUUUGAUACAGAUCAAGCAGCGUUGAGAAAGUCUAUAUGGGGAGAGCAGCAGGGGAGGUGGAUGGGUCCAAAAAACUCUUGACUUUCAGCCAGGAACCCACUGUUUGUUUCCUAUACAUAUUUUAAGACAGUUCAAGAUGGGGUUUCUCUCCUACACCUAACCACAUGCUCGAAAAAACCUUAAAAACAAAGUGUAGUAAAAACAUGUAUAUUUUGAAAAGACACAGUGCAUAUAACAAGCAGAAAUUGACACGCUGUCCCGGAUCGUCGAAAACAGACACAGGAGGGUACCUAGCAGACAUGUUGGUACACUGAUCUAAUGGUGCCGAUAUUUAAUGAGGGAUGAGAAUGUGUUGAGAAAAAACAUGUAUGUAACAUGUAACACCUACGACCCUAAAGCACCUCACAAAUAAAGCAUAGCCAUGUCAGACUGACAGCUCUCCACAAACGCCAGUAACAUACUGUGGAUUAAAAGUUAUUAUAAAGUUUAAUUAGAAGUUUUUACUCUGAAAAUUUCCUCCUCUAGUUCUGUAACAGACAUUUCUGUCCAAUAACAGAUGUUGUAAAUAAAACUACAAAAGCAUGUUUAAAUACACACAACCCUUUUCCAAACUACAUACUCUCACUACAAAAUCAUUGUAUUUCUAAUGGCUGAAGUCAGAACAGUUUGCAAUGUGAGGAGCAUCUGGAGCGGCAACAUGUUGGUGACUGCUGAUGGACUUGGUCAACGUUUUAGAAAGAGGUCUGAUCCCUAAGAUGUGCUGCUUCCCUAUGAUCAGGGAAUAUGCUGUAUGGUAAGGCAUCAGUCCACAUACCUUGACAGAUUAUUUCAGAGCCAGAUAUAUUAUAACAAGAUGUAAUGUCAUGUGCCAAACAAAAGAAGUUGGGGUUGUUCAUCAAAAUGUAAUACAGUAUUAAAUGCUUUUCAAUGGUUGACUAAAUCUUAAAGAUAUCCCUGUGGAGUUUUGUCUGUGUGUCCUUGGGGUCUAACAAACAUCCAUCCAUUUUCAUUGAUCCACCCAUUGCUUAUCUGGGGCUGGAUAGGGGGACAGCAGGCUGAGCAGAUGUCCCUCUCCCCAGCAACUCUUUCCAGUUCCUCCUGGGGGAUCCCAGGGCAUUCCCAGGUCAGAUGAGAUAUAUAACACGUUUUCCCUGGAUGUCUGAGCUCCUCCUUAGGCUGAGCCCACCACCCUACAAAGAAAAUGAAUUUUG